GCUUCAUUCCUCAGUUACUGUCACCUACGUUGCUUAAUCUGAGCUUCCAUAUAAAUAGAACUGGAGUGUGACUGUACUGCCUAUCAGCAAGUGCUGACUGCAGGAACGCACGCACGUUAUCCAGGAGCAGCUAUUCCCUGCCACGACUGAGAAACCUGAAAAAUGGGACCUACAAUGAGAUACUCAACCUCCAAAAUGUCCUCGGCAAAGCUGAGCAGCGCAGCUGGAAAAGCCUUGGUAAAACCUUGCAAGCCAAGAAGAUCCCAACAGAAGACCAAAGAAAUUUGCCAUGUCUACUACAUGAGACUUCGUUCUGGCCUCACCAUAAGAAAGGAGGCCUGUUACUUUGAGAAAGAACCCAUCCAAGGUUAUUCACUAAAAUCAGGUAGAAAGCGUGAAGGGAACUUCCCUGCUUACCCAAGGGAUGCCAUGAAGCGCUCCAUGUUGAAUACACCCAAUUUCCAAGAAUGUGCCGCCGAUUUACCUGUCAGAGAGAGUAUCCGAGAAUCUUGUGCUUCCCUGAGCACAUAUGAUGACCAAUCUGUUUGUUUCAAAGUAUUGGAGAAUGGACGCUAUGUGAUCAAUGUUGAAGAUUCUGGAAAAGACCAAGAAAAAGACAAGAUGCUGCUACGUUACUAUGAGUCUCCUCAUCCCUCAAAUGAGUCAGGUGAUGGUGUGGAUGGUAAGUUGCUGAUGGUGAACAUGAGUCCUAUCAAAGACACGGACAUCAGGCUGAAGGCCAACGACGAGGACCACUCUGUGGAGCUCCAAAAGUGUCAAGUUCCACUGCCAGACCAGGUCUAUUUCGUCCUUCACAGAAAGUCCUCCGACUAUGUUUUAUUUGAAUGUAAGAAAAAGCCUGGGACGUACAUAGGAGUUAAAGAUAACCAGCUUGCUCUAAUAGAAGAAGAGGAUGAAGAUAACAAAAAUAUCAUGUUUAAGCUUUCUAAAGUUUAAUGGAAUAAGAAGCUUGUGGGCUCUGGGUUGAACGACUUAAAUGUUACCACUAAAGAAAGGGGGGAGAGAAAGGAAGAGACAUCUAAGGGAAUGGCUUAAGAUGCUGUGGAAUGUUAUCUUAUUAUAUGUAAAAAGUCUUUUCUUUUCCUCUAUCACUACACAUUCAAUAAAAUCAUGACUAUAUGGCAUUGGGCAUUUGUAAAGAGACUGAGAGAGAUUCCACCUUGGUUUUUACUUUCCUCUGCUUUGAGUCCUGAACAAACUCACACUUGCAGAUCUCUCCAGAUGAGCAAGCACCAUAGCUCGUGCUAUGCUUUUGACAAGGGUCCAAUUUACAAGCCUUAAAAAAAAAAAAAUACUCGAUCUUCCCUGGUCCUAAUCAAAGGUUGACUGACCCACCAGAGCAGCUUGUGCAGGGCCAGCUGCUACAUGACUGACAGCUUCUCAAUCAGAAUAAAGCAGAUGUAUUGGAGAUGCCCCAGGCAACCCUCAGACAAGCUCUUUCUGUUAAGAAACUAGUGCUCCAAAUGCCCACGUACCUAGACAGGUAGGGUAAAUGUGUGAAAAGGCAGGAUAACUGAAAAAAAAAAUUAAAGAGAAAGAAAGCCAGUAUUUGUGAAGUGGAAUAAUGUUACCAAUGCUUGUAUCCUUUGGUGGAGGAGUCGGAGGGGGAUGGAGAUAAGGCUUCUCUGUGUAGCCCUGGCUGUCCUGGAACUCGCUUUGUAGACCAGGCUGGCCUCGAACUCAUAGAGAUCCAUCUGCCUCUGCCUCCCAAAUGCUGGGAUUAAAGGCAUGUGCCACCAUGCCCAGCUACUUGUUUCCUUUGUUAAAUUCUGAUUUUUUUUUUAAGAUAUCAGUUUAAAUUUAAGCAAGCCAAGCUUACAUUAGGAAACAGAAGACAUUUUUAGUUCACGACUGUGAUUGAAAUCAUCGGCUAUAUUUAACAAACUUAAACUCCUCUGUAAGCACUGACCAGGACACCUGUUAGGGUAUCCAAGUAGAAUGGGAUCACACAGUGAAUUCAGAAGUCCUCUUACUUAAAAGACACUGAAUUGACUUCAUAUUUUCGAGAGCUGGCCAUAGCCUAUGUUUAUGGCACACCAUUUCCUCCUCGCCAAUUUCCAAAGAGCUAUCACUUUCAUCUCUGGCUUGCUUCCUUACACACAAAUCCUUUGUUCUUUGGGUUCACAGUGGCACUGUUCACUGUGGACUAUAUUAGUUUAACUUCCUCCCUUUCUUUGGUUCUUUUGACCAACAUAUCCUUAACAGAUCUCCGACUCCCUAAACUUCAUUUUUAUUUUCUCUGCCAUCUAUAUGCCAACACUUUUAUUCUGCUUUGUUUAUUUUACAUUGUAGAAUUUUAUAUAUACCUAUUGGUUACAAGGUUGUUCACUGAACUUUUUUUGGUGUGUUUUACUGUUACUGAAGUAGUGAACUUUAUAUUCAACCAUAUAGUAAUAUUUCAAGCUGCUAAAGGAAUAGCUUUGCUUAUUUAGACAACAGCAAUUUCUACUACUUUUUUAUUGGCUUAAAAUUUACAGUAAAUGCAAAAAAAAUAACAAAAAACUGAUGGAAUACAAUAUGACCAUUUCUAAAAGUGUAAGCAUUUAAUUUUCAAUUGAUGAAAGCUAUUGUAUAUAAUAGCUGGUAUGAUGUAUCAUAAAAGAGGCUAGGAAUUGCUGUAUAAGAUCAUAUAAUUGUAGCAUGAUAUAACCGUUUAAUUAAUUUUUCACUGUUUUAUAGAUACAAAAGUAAAAACAGAAUCUAUGCCAUCCCCCUGGAAACCACAAUGUUGACUAUGUGAAUUUGUACAAUAUACUUAAAAUAAUAAUUAAGUUGCCAAUUAUGUUGAUAACAUUGUUUAUAACCUUGAAUAAACUAUUUGUCAAAAUCA